AUAAUCCUGGGUUGCCAGGCCGGGCCUCGGUGACCCGAGUGUAAGCGACCACAACACUCGCCAGGGCCGGUCAGCUGGCAGUUGUCAACACGUGCUACCCAAGACGGAGCAAUGGGUAAAAAUACAAUUAAUAACCAAAAGAAAAAAUUAGCAAAAUUACGGAAAAAAAAUGCUGCAAAACUAAAUAUUGAGUCGCUAACAGUUGAAGAUCUUCUGAAACAGGCACAGGAACAAAUAGACAGUUUCCAGUAUGAAAAAGCUCAGACACUUUGUCAAGAGGCAUUAAAACGAGAUCCAGAUAAUGUGUCAGCACUGGAGACAUCAGCCAGCUUGUGCCUUGAAGUUGGAAACCUGGAUGGAGCUAAACACUGCUUGGGACGAGCUAUUACUUUAAAACCUGAAGAUGGUUAUUCAAAAUACAUGUCGAUGGCACAGUUACUGGAGGAUAAAGCCUCUCUCCAAUGCUAUCAAAAGGGUAUUGAGCUCUUAACAAAAGUAAUCAGUGGUCUUCAGCAAUCUGUAAAAGAAAAUAAGAAAGAGUGUUCUAAGAACAGCUCAUCAGAUGUCUCCAUUAAAGAAGCAGAAACGAGCACGGAAGAGGGCGAAUCUCCUAAUGAUGAUAAAAAGACGUCGGUAAUUGGGGCCACGGGGUGUAAAAGUGACCCGUUUCCAUCGUGUUCAUCAGUAGAUCCUGAAGGCAGGAUAUCAACCCUAGUUCGUCAGCUUUCUACUGCUCAUUGCUCAGUGGCAGAAUUGUUCAUGACAGACUUGUGUGAUGAAGAUGAUGCAGAGAAUCAAUGCAGUACCAGUAUCACCACUGCCAUCCAAGUUGACCCUAGUAACCCAGAGGCCUAUCAGCAUAUGGCUAGUUUUCUCUUGGUGAAACAAGAAGUGCAAGAAGCAAAGACAUACAUAACCAAAUCAAUUGAAAUAUGGCUACCAAAAUAUAAAGAAGUGGAUGAAGGGAAGGCAGCAGCAGGUACUUUUGACCCGGUAGAGGUGUGCCCUCUGUCAUAUGCAACACGCCUCAGCGCGGCGAGAAUCCUCAUAGAAGUAGAGGAUUAUAAGCAUGCUGUAGACGUUCUUGAAGGACUAACAGAAGAAAACGAUGAAAUCGUAGACACAUGGUACCUGCUGGGUUGGACUCAUUACUUGCAAGGAGGAGAGCAGGCAAACUCAGCAAGGUACUACCUCCGUCGUGCUCUAAAGGUACAUGCCGCCGCUCCUUGUGAUGACGAGCAGCUGGUUGAGCACCUGAAAGAAUUGCUGCAAGAACUUGGACCCGAGACUGAAGAGGAAACAAUGAAUGAUGUGGAAAUUGAAGAUGUGAUUGACAGAGAUUUGAGUGAUGAAGAGGUCCCAGAACCUGAAGAAAUGGAUACAAACUGAUUUAUAUUAUUUCUAAGUAACUUUUUGGAUGAGUGAUUUUUUUUGUUAGAAUUAUGAUAAUUUUCCUAUGAAAAUAUAUAUUUUAACAAUAAGAAGUUCAAAGUUGAUGAUUGUAUAAUAUGCACCAGCUAAUUAUAGUAAUGCUUAAUAGAUUAUCUUGUAUCUGUACUUAGAACAUAACAUUUUUAGAAUAAAAUAGUCAUGAAAAAUUA